UACAUAGCCUUUCCACGUCAGUGUGUUUACCAAAACCAGAUUGACAGCUCAGGAAGGUGUUCAAUGUGUUCACUUAUGGGGGAUUUUAUUGAUUAGUGAACACAUAAUGACGUUUUGAAAUAUUACGUUAGCACGCAGUGGGAUGUCCGACAUUUUUUGUUUGUCCUUUUGUAGAGAAUUUAACUUUGGUCAUCUUCAUUCACUGUUGGCCGGCUAGCUUCCCUCACUAGGUUAGCAUUAGCUACAGCAGGACUCUAUCGUUGGAUUAGCUGCCACACACAGAAAAGCAGCAUGGUGGACAAGAACAUCUACAUCGUCCAGGGAGAAAUUGGCACCGUUGUUGGAGCUAUCAAGAGAAACUCCAGAUGGAAUACCCACACUCCACUGGACGAAGAACAGGACCCAUUACUGAACAGCUUUGGCCACCUCAAAGAAAUCCUCAACAACAUCAAAGUACUCUGUGACGUGGAGCCAAACGUUUUUCUGAGGCCCUUCCUCGAAGUGGUCCGCUCCGAGGACACCACUGGACCUAUCACAGGCCUUGCCCUCACAUCUGUCAACAAGUUCCUUUGCUAUGGCCUAAUAGACGCUAACCACGAAGCAGCAGCAGAAGCCAUCGAGAACAUGGCAGAUGCAGUCACACACGCUAGAUUUGUGGGAACUGACCCUGCCAGCGAUGAAGUGGUUCUCAUGAAGAUUCUACAGGUCCUGAGGACUCUGCUGCUGACCCCCGUUGGGGCCCAUCUGACCAACGAGUCGGUGUGUGAGAUCAUGCAGUCCUGCUUCAGGAUCUGCUUCGAGAUGCGCCUAAGUGAGCUCCUCAGGAAAUCGGCUGAACAUACACUAGUAGACAUGGUGCAGCUGCUGUUCUCCAGACUUCCACAGUUCAAAGAGGAGGCCAAGAGUUUUGUGGGUGCCAGUAUGAAGAAGGCUUACAAUAUCUUGUGGAAAAACAAACGAGUGCAGUUGAAGAUGCGUGCUGGAGGGAUGAGUGAGUCAUCCAAAUGGAAGAAACAGAAACGCUCGCCGAGGACACCUUGCCACAUGGUCCGAAGUCCUUCUGGUCAGAUGGAUUCAACCCAGUCCAGCCCCCUCAGUAGUAACAACCUUUCAGGUGUCGUCCCAUUCAUUGAGCAAGGCCUGUCCACCUCGGGGCUUCCAGCUUCAGACAGCGGUGCUUCGUCCGUUUCCAGCCCCACAACCACUGACAGUGGCCUGGACACCUGUUCCAAAGCCACGUCCAGGGAAGACCUUUCUGAUCUGGAACAGUGUAACUCAUCUGCCACCACCCCUUUCACCGCUACCACACUUGGCCCUGAACCUGGCUAUCCGGAUGCACAGUCUGAGGAAAGUCAAGUUGAACAUUCUCAGUCGGCCUCAGUGGAGUCCAUCCCCGAGGUUCUGGAAGACAAAGGCUCCGUUACAGAGCAAUCAGACAGCCCCUCUAUCCAUGACAUGGACUAUGUCAAUCCCAGAGGAGUGCGUUUCACACAAUCAACUCAAAGAGAUGGAGCGUCCAUCAUCCCUUAUGGCCUGCCAUGUCUAAGGGAGCUUUUUCGCUUCCUCAUUUCCCUGACCAACCCACAUGACCGCCACAACACUGAUGCUAUGAUGCACAUGGGCCUGCAGCUGCUGACUGUAGCUCUUGAGUCAGCACAUAUCACAAACUACCAGUCUUUACUCGGGCUGGUCAAAGAUGAGCUGUGCAGACAUCUCUUCCAGUUGCUGGGUGCAGACCGUUUGAACCUGUAUGCUUCCUCCAUACGAGUUUGCUUCUUGCUUUUUGAAAGCAUGAGAGUACAUCUUAAGUUUCAACUUGAGAUGUACCUAAAGAAACUAAUGGACAUCAUCACGUCAGAGAACAUUAAAAUGCCCUAUGAGAUGAAAGAGAUGGCUCUGGAGGCGCUGGUCCAGCUGUGGAGGAUUCCCAGCUUCGUAACUGAGCUGUACAUCAACUAUGACUGUGACUUCUACUUCUCCAAUCUGUUUGAGGACCUGACAAAGCUGCUGUCCAAGAAUGCUUUCCCAGUGUCAGGGCAGCUCUACACCACCCACCUCCUGUCACUGGAGGCUCUGCUCACAGUGAUUGACAGCACUGAAGCCCACUGCCAGCUCAAGGUGCUCAACAGUACUGCUCAACAAGACCAGUCAGAAACACUGCUGGAAGAGGGAGACGCUUCCACCAUCAAUGGAACAGACACUAUGGCUGAUCUUAAUAAACUGGGCAGUACUAAUGAUAAGAGUCUUCUACCAGCUGAGAAUGCAUCCGUGUGUCAACCAACUAGUGGACAUCUGAUGGCAGAGAAGAUGAGACUGGGUAGACAGGAUGGCGAUGAAGACUCUGCUGAAAAGAGACCACCGAAAAAGCCUCAACGUUUCUCGUCAUGUUUACCCAAUUCCCAAGAGUUGCUGGACAUUAGAACGAAGAAAAGGCUCCUUAUCACUGGCACGGAGCAGUUUAACCAGAAGCCCAAAAAGGGCAUCCAGUUUCUUCAGGAGAACGGUCUGCUCAGCACUCCUUUGGACAACAACCAGGUGGCCCAGUGGCUUAGAGAAAACCCCCGACUUGACAAAAAGAUGAUUGGCGAGUACGUCAGUGACCGCAAGAACAUGGAACUCCUGGACAGCUUUGUCAACACGUUCACUUUCCAGGGGCUUCGUAUCGAUGAGGCCCUGCGGCUCUACCUAGAGGCCUUUAGGCUCCCUGGAGAGGCUCCUGUCAUCCAGAGACUCCUGGAAACGUUCACAGACAACUGGCAUAAAGUGAACGGCUCCCCCUUCGUGACCAAUGAUGCAGGCUUCGCUUUGGCCUACGCUGUCAUAAUGCUGAACACUGACCAGCAUAACCACAAUGUUCGCAAGCAGAAUAUCCCCAUGACUAUAGAGCAAUUCAAGAAAAAUCUGAAAGGAGUAAAUGGAAAUAAAGACUUUGACCAGGACAUGUUGGAGGAUCUCUACAAUGCUAUCAAGAAUGAGGAGAUUGUGAUGCCAGAUGAGCAGUCAGGCUUAGUCAAGGAGAACUAUGUAUGGAGUGUGCUUCUUCACCGCGGUGCCACACCCGAAGGGGUUUUCCUCCACCUGCCACCCGGCAGCUACGACCAUGACUUGUUCACCAUGACCUGGGGUCCCACCAUCGCCGCCCUCUCCUACGUCUUUGACAAGAGCCUGGAUGAGAACAUCAUCCAGAAGGCCAUCACUGGCUUCAGGAAGUGUGCCAUGAUUGCAGCUCACUACGGCUUCAGUGAUGUUUUUGACAAUUUGAUCAUCUCCCUCUGCAAGUUCACCACUCUGAGCAGUGAGUCUGUGGAAAACCUUCCUACAGUGUUUGGCAGCAAUAACAAAGCACAGACAGCAGCCAAAACUGUGUUUGACCUUGCCCAUCGGCACGGCGACAUCCUGAGGGAGGGCUGGAAGAACAUCAUGGACUCCAUGCUACAGCUGUUCAGAUCCAAGCUCCUGCCCAAAGCCAUGGUAGAGGUGGAGGAUUUUGUGGAGCCCAGUGGGAAGAUAUCUCUUCAAAGAGAGGAAACACCUUCUAACCGCGGUGAGUCGGCAGUGUUGAGUUUUGUUAACUGGUUUACGUUGAGUGGAGCCGAGCAGUCAGGACUCAGAGGACCGUCCACGGAAAACCAGGAGGCCAAGCAGGCAGCCAUCCUCUGCAUAAAGCAAUGUGACCCAGAAAAGCUGAUCACAGAGAGUAAAUUUCUUCAGCUGGAGUCUCUACAGGAGCUAAUGAAGGCUUUGAUAUCAGUCGCACCAGAUGAAGACACUUAUGAUGAGGAAGAUGCUGCCUUCUGCUUGGAGAUGUUGCUGCGUGUUACUCUGGAGAACCGAGACCGUGUGUCCUGUGUGUGGCAGACGGUGCGAGACCAUCUCUGUCAUCUUUGUGUGUACCCCAAUGAGAGCUGCUUCCUGGUAGAGAGGGCUGUGGUGGGACUCUUUAGGCUGGCAAUCCGCCUGCUACGGCGCGAAGACAUCAGCUCUGAGGUUCUCCUUUCCCUCCGCCUCCUGCUAAUGAUGAAACCUCCUGUAUUGUCACGGGUCAGUCGGCAGGUGGCCUUUGGCCUCCAUGAGUUGCUGAAGACCAAUGCAGCCAACAUCCACAGUACAAACGACUGGUUCACGCUCUUCUCCCUGCUGGAGUGCAUCGGGGCUGGAGUGAAACCUCCUGCCUCCUUUCAACUCUCCUCCCCCCCUAAUGACAAUGACACAGGAGCCCAGUCAGACAGCGAGCUGCCGUCCCAUCAUGUUAGUGAAGUGAGUUUAGACCGGGGCUACACGUCUGACUCAGAGAUCUACACCGAGCACCAUAGCAAGACCAGGAUCCCCCGCUCCACAACAGAUGGGGAUGUAGCAACCAGUGGUUGGCUUGUGGUUGGGAAAGACGACGUGGAGAUGAGUAAGACCACUCAAGCAAACUCCAAAGCCCUGUUGAAUCACCCACUGGUCAACCAGUACAGUCUGACACUGGGUCAGGACUUGGGCCAGCACGAUACCAAGUCUCUCAUAAAGUGUGUAGAGACGCUCUCGUUUAUUGUCCGGGACGCUGCCCACGUCACCCCUGACAACUUUGAGCUGUGUGUCCGAGCCAUACGAGUGUUUGUGGAGGCCAGCCUGAAUGGAGGUUAUCGCAACCAUGACAAGAAGAAGAGCCACAAGUAUGACUCCUCCAAGUCCCGGAUGAGAAGGAAGGCGGGGGGAAGGGAUAAAGAAGGCGGAGGGGGGACGAGGCGAGGUGGCAGCAGGGCGCCCAAUCAGCGUCCAUCCCGUCCCCACAGCGACGAUGAGGAGGACGAGGGCGUCCCGGCCAGCUACCACACAGUGGCAUUACAGGUUAGUCAGGACCUGUUGGACCUGAUGCACACCCUGCACACUCGGGCUGCUAGCAUCUACAGCUCCUGGGCAGAGGAGCAGCGGCACCUGGAGGCUGCCGGGAGGAAGAUUGAGGCCGACUCCCAGACUCUGUGGACCAGCUGCUGGUGCCCCCUGCUACAAGGCAUAGCUUGGCUGUGCUGUGAUGCCAGACGUCAGGUCCGUAUGCAGGCCCUCACCUACCUCCAGAGGGCGCUGCUGGUCCAUGAUCUGCAGACACUGGAUGCCACUGAGUGGGAGUCCUGUUUCAACAAGGUGCUUUUCCCCCUCCUGACUAAGCUGCUUGACAAUAUAAGCCCAGCUGAUGUGGGCGGUAUGGAGGAGACCAGAAUGAGAGCCUGCACCCUCCUGUCAAAGGUCUUCCUCCAGCACCUGUCUCCUCUGCUGUCCCUGCCUACCUUUGCUGCCCUCUGGCUCACAAUUCUGGAUUUCAUGGACAAGUACAUGCAUGCAGGUUCCAGUGACUUGUUGUUGGAAGCCAUCCCUGAGUCCCUGAAGAACAUGCUGCUGGUGAUGGACACGGCAGGAAUCUUCCACAGCGCUGACUCCAGGACAGGAUACUCAGACCUUUGGGAGAUAACCUGGGAACGGAUAGUGUGCUUCCUGCCUCACCUUCGGGAGGAGCUUUUCAAACAGACUGUUAUACCAGAGCCAAUACCCAAUCCUCCAGCAGAGCCUGUGCAGCCGACCCCCUCAGAAGGUCGGCCUUUAUCCCCUCAGGGAUCUUUGCCCCCUGCUCAGCCAACCUCCCCAUUUAACCCUGCAGAGACACGGCACCCGAGCCGGCCGGCUUCACCCCAGGAACCCAAACCAGCCGGUGUGCACGGAUCUGAUUGCUCGUCUCCGAUGCCACCCUCGAUUCCCUCCGUGCCAUAUACAACGUCCCCUCUCCAGGCUCCUUCACCAUUGAGCCAGUCACCACUCAUCCUGCAGCCCCUUGCAUCCCCCUUGCAGGUGGGAGUCCCACCCAUGUCGCUACCAAUCAUCCUGAAUCCCGCCCUCAUUGAGGCCACGUCCCCUGUACCGCUGCUUCCAGGUGCCAGAUCUACGAGCCCGUCUGACGAAGUGAAGUAAAAGAGCCCUUUGUCUGUGUGUGGGGGGGCGCCUACCCAUACACGCCCAAACACACACCCAGACCAACCUCUGUCCAGACUAGUGCCCCUUGAACUACUUGAUCCCACUGACUUCAACUACAGCUUCACAGGCUUGUCACAAGGUUCUUUAAUUUAUGUAAUAUGUUUGAAGACAAAAUAGAUGUGCCACCUCAAUUAUACCACUUUUCAUUCAAAGGAGACAUGUGACAUUGUUUGGUGCAAAUUGGAUGUCCAGAUAUCACCAGGUGUACCAGAGAAUGCAGGAUGGAAUGACACUAACAAAAUUAAAAGUAAAAAUCUUAUUGAAUUUAAGAUGGUUGACUAACCUGUAAAUAAGAACCAGGCUUCCAGUCAGAGGGCUGAUGUCCCUUCCCUGCUAUUUUAUGGGGAGACUUUUGGUGCUUUGGAGCAUUUAUGUUGUGCAAAUGGCGUCCAUUUUAUUGGCUGAUUCCAGUCUUUUAAAGCCAGUGCAUCAUAUAUAUUUUAGACCAAUAGAAAAGAAGCCAGUUCUGUUCAGUUUUGGUUUCCCCACUACAGUUUAGUUCUAAGAUAUGUAAGGCAGCGAAAAGAACUGCUGCUAAAAAUGAGUCAGGCUGUCCAUGAAUCCACAUAUGAAAGAAGAGUGUAUUUUGAUGGUGAUGAAGGAACAUCCAGAGAUCCAGAGCAGCAGUCUGGUUCAUUGAUUGAGAAGGAACUGACAGAUAUAAACCACCACAUGGUGUCAUACAGGUCUGUUCGGGCUCCAGCCUCGGUGUCUCCUAAAGACAGUGUGUGCAGAUCAUGUGUGAACAUUCCUAAUGUGAUCACCAACAAGUUAAUGUAUUUAGAAUAAUCUGUUGUCGGAUCUGUGACAUGAUGAAAAGUGUGUUAUAAAUGACUGGUGUAUAAAACUGGAGUUUAGUCGAGAGAAGGACCGACACCCCCCUCCCCAAUUCAUAAGACCAGGUUUCAACCUGUGCUUCAUAUGAAUCUGGAGAUGGCAGGCAGGGACAGUGGGUAUGUUAUUAGGAUUGAAGGCACUGCACAUUGUUGAUGAAAUAAGAUUCCAAGAGCCGGUGUUAACAGAUCUGUUGUAUCAGUGUCUGAUUGAAAACUGUACAGAAAACAAGUUUAUUUAUUGACCAUCACUUUGUGACAGAGACGGUGGCCUGCUCUAUUUUGCAUGAGCUCUUUCUCCCCAAUAACAAAUAAUACAACAAGCUUUGAUUCCUGGCCCCUGGUGAGUUCAUAUCCCCCUGAACAAAGAGGGGCUGUGUGCACAUGAUGCCCCUCACAUCUACCGCACAUGUCACAGCUGCAACAUUCCAAAAGAUAGUUCAGUGUCAAAGUAAUUUGCUCAUGUUAACAGUCCUAGCAUGAUAAAUCCCUGUGGCCUGUAACACUCAUCAUAUUACACUUCUUGGCUGAUGAUAGCAGGAACUUAACCCCUUCGCCUUAGAUGUUGUCAUUAAUGGAUAUUUACUGAAAUGAUUGCAUUGAAAUAGUUUUUUUGAAAACCAACCAUCUCCAUCGAUUUGAAUACUGGUUGGUUUCAACUGCUUUGAUUUCAGUCUAGUAGUUAUAUUCAUCUACAUUCAUGUCAGAUUACACACAUAUCGCUAUAGAGCCCAAUGGACAAAACAAUACAAUCAAUAAUUUCUAAAUAGUGAUAUAUAUAUCACUAUUUACAAAUUAUUGAUUGUAUUGUUUUGUCUAUAUAUAUACAUAUAUAUAUAAAAAAAUACAAAAAAUGCUCAAGUGCUCUAAUUUCCGCAGUGUCUAAUUUCCGCAAUGUCUUCAGUGUAGUUUUGGCACACUGAGCGCUGCCGUUUGCUCCCGUAGACGUUCUGGCACGCUGACUGUGCCUUGUGU